GGCGAGCAAGUGCUGUCUUCCUCCAGCGCCACCAGCGCCUUGCUCCCUCACCGCAAGCCCGGUAACCAGAGCUGGAACAACAACUCCGACUCCCUGCUGUCGCGCAGGAGGCUGAGGAGGAACCUCUCGGCCACGGCAGCCACAGCCCCUUCUGGCGGCAACAGCCGCAGCUUGGACCGCAGGAAGAUGCCGGGCACCAAGCUGACGGCGGCCGACAGGGACUGGGUCCGGGCUGAUGUGCAGAGGGGGUGCCUGCACCUCUACGACAGGCACAUGUGCUCUUACCUGCGACCUGUCGUCUGUACCCUGGACACCACCGCGGCCGAGGUGGCUGCCAAGUUGCUGCACCCUGGCCAGCCAGGGGGCAUGGCAAAGGCCGACGGUGCGGUCUUUGCCCCCUUGGACAACGUUGCUGGCAGAGUGAAGAGCAUCAGUGCCAGGUCAGGGCCGGUCUCUUUGGUCAGGCCAGGGCAAACAGACACUUUGAGCACCAGGUCGGCAGAUAUCGCUGCUAACAAGCAAGGGCAUGCGUGUAUCGCUGCCCACGGAAAACCAGGAUUGUCACUGGGCACUGCAGCCAACGCUGGGCAACACUCAAAUGCUGAUAUCAUCUGGUACGGAAAAGAUAACACUACCCUUGCCAGGUUUGGGACUUCACUGGAUAAUCAGAAUGCCACGCCGAAGGAAAUGAAUACUGACAGUACCAGGCAGGUGUACAUAGCACCAGUCACUGCCAGAGAAGGACCAAAAUCUGAUUCUGAAAUUAACAGGCUCAGGUCUUCAUUGGAUAGUAACACUAAUCAACUCAAAUUGUUAAACAAUUCUUUUAAGUUGAUGGCUGCAGAUAGUGUUACUGCUAGACGUAGACCUUCACUGGACAGCGUCACAGCAAAUAAUGAAAACAUAAAUGGCAGUGCCAUAAAUGAUACUGUGGUCAAGGUAGAAUAUGUGGACCGGUCUGAACUGAGGCGUGACCUCCUUACUAGCAGACAGGGACUGCUGGAUGAUGGCAGGCUGAAUUCUUUUACCCCUGGCACUUUGGGAAUGGGAACAGCUGAUAGCUUGCUCACAUCAAUGGUCUAUGUGCAACUUCAUGGCGAAGCUACUAGAAGGCUGGAGCCGCAUGAAAACCCCCUUGAAAUUCAAAAUGAAUAUCUCUUUAAACUGGGAUUUAAAGAUCCUUGUAGGGUGCAAGAGGAGGGAAUGGAUAUUGAAAUCGGUUGCCUGAUUCGAUUUUAUUCAGGGAAACCUUAUAGUAUUGACCACUUGGAGCGAAUCCAGCUGUGUGGGUUGUUCAAUGUUCGGAAAGGGAAGAUGCAGCUUCAUAAAUGGACCAAGCGUCAAGUUAUCCUGUGUGGUACUUGUUUGAUAGUUUCAUCUGUGAAAGACAGCCAGUCUGGAAAAAUGCAUGUUCUACCUUUAAUUGGCGGAAAGGUGGAAGAAGUGAAGAAGCACCAGUACUGUCUGGCCUUCACCUCAUCAGGACCUCAGAGUCAGACUUACUACAUCAGCUUUGACACCUUCCCAGAGUAUUUACGCUGGCUUCGGCAAGCUUCAAAGAUUGUGUCCCAGAGAAUUAGCUCAGUGGAUUUGUCGUGUUGCAGCUUGGAGAAUCUCCCCAGUAACCUCUUCUAUAGCCAGGACCUGACUCACCUGAACCUCAAACAGAAUUUCCUCAAGCAGAAUCCAGGGCCUGCAGCAAAUGGAGGUCUGAAUGACCUUCAAAGGUUCAUGAAGCUGAAAAGUCUAAAUCUGUCCAAUAACCACAUGGGAGAAUUUCCACUGGGUGUUUGUGAUAUUCCAAACCUUUCUGAACUCAACCUUUCCUGUAAUGCUCUACGAUCUAUCCCUUCAGCAGUUAGCAACAUGGAUAACCUACAGACGUUUUUACUCGAUGGCAAUUGUCUUAGUUCUCUUCCACUAGAGCUGGGGAACUUACAGCAGCUGAGCUACCUGGGCCUUUCCUUCAAUGAAUUCAGAAACAUUCCAGUGGUUCUGGAGAACCUGACAGCUGUGGAGAAACUUUGUAUGUCGGGCAACUACUUAGAGACAUUAUGCCUGCAAAGUUUGAGCAGAAUAUCUCACAUCAAACAAGUGGAUUUAAGACUCAAUCACAUCACCAAAUUGGACGUAGCAGAUGUGGAUUUCCUGCAACACAUUACACAUCUAGAUCUGCGUGACAAUAAACUGACUGCCCUUGAUGCCACAGUAUUUGAGAAUGUUGAGGUUAUACACUGUGAACGAAACCACCUGACUAGUCUUAAAGUCAGUGGAUAUUUCCUGAAGAAUCUUUAUGCUGCUUCAAAUGAACUUGUAUACAUUGAUGCUUAUCCAGUCCCCAAUAAUCUCACUUCUAUGGAUAUAUCAAGAAACAGACUGGAUAGCUUACCUGAAUGGGUGUGUGAAAGUAAAAAGCUGGAGGUCUUGGAUAUUAGCCACAAUCAAAUCUGUGAGCUCCCUGCAAAGUUGUUCUGCAGUGGUAGUUUACGCAAAUUGCUGGCAGGUCACAACCAGCUCCGGAGACUUCCAGAACGAUUUGAGCGGACGCAAGCAGAGGUUCUUGACAUCCAGCACAACCACCUAAUUGAGUUGCCCUCAAACCUUUUCUUAAAAGCUGACUGUUUGCGGUGCCUCAACGUUUCAGCAAAUAAAUUGGAAGUACUCCCUCCCUCCUGCCUGUCUGAGGAAAGCAACAGUGUAUUACAAGAGUUGUACCUUACAAAUAAUUAUCUCACAGAUAAAUGUGUGCCAUUGCUUACAGGGCACACUUGUCUUAAGGUUCUACAUCUCGCAUACAACCGGCUACAGAGCUUUCCAGCCAGUAAAAUGGCAAAACUUGAAGAAUUGGAAGAAAUCGAUCUAAGUGGGAACAAACUGAAAACCAUUCCAACUACCAUUAUGAAUUGCAAGAGGAUGCACACUGUUAUUGCACAUUCUAACUGUAUUGAAGUCUUCCCUGAAGUGAUGCAACUCCCUGAAAUUAAGUGCGUUGACCUGAGCUGUAAUGAGCUGAACGAGAUCACAUUGCCUGAAAAUCUGCCACUGAAACUGCAGGAACUAGACCUGACUGGAAACCCCAGGCUGGUCCUGGAUCACAAAACUCUGGAGCUGCUGAAUAAUAUCCAUUGCUUCAAGAUAGAUCAGUCCUCCGCAUCUUUUACAGUUGGUGAGGCUUCCGGUGCGCCUGCUGUGUGGAGUCAUGGUUAUACAGAAGUUUCUGGAGUGAAGAACAGGUUAUGUGUGGCUGCCUUGUCGGUGAAUAAUUUUUGUGACAACAGAGAGGCUCUGUAUGGAGUAUUUGAUGGUGACCGGAAUGUAGAAGUGCCCUACCUCCUACAGUGCACCAUGAGCGAUGUUUUGGCAGAGGAACUGCAGAAAUCAAAGAGCGAUGAGGAAUACAUGACUAAUACUUUCCUGGUCAUGCAGAGGAAACUUGGAACUGCCGGACAGAAGCUAGGAGGCUCUGCUGUGCUUUGUCAUAUAAAACAUGACCCUAUGGAUCCCAGUGGUUGCUUCACGCUGACUGCAGCCAAUGUGGGGAAGUGCCAAGCCAUCCUAUGCAGAGAUGGCAAGCCAUUGCCCCUCUCAAAGCUGUACUCUGUCCGCUGUGAUGAAGAAUUAGAGAGAGUUAAACAGCACAAAGCUAUUGUCACUGAGGAUAAUAAAGUCAACGGGGUGACUGAUUCUACAAGGAUUUUGGGCUACACAUUCCUCCAUCCAUACGUUGUGCCUCAGCCUCAUGUUCAUUCUGUUACACUCACACCUCAAGAUGAGUUCUUCAUUCUAGGCAGUAAGGGUCUCUGGGACAGCAUCUCCUAUUUGGAAGCUGUGGAAUCUGUGAGAAAUGUACCUGAUGCCCAAGCUGCUGCCAAGAAGCUCUGUACCCUGGCCCAGAGCUAUGGAUGCAAUGACAGCAUCAGUGCUGUGGUUGUCCAGCUGAACGUUAGUGAAGACUGCUUCUGCUGUUGUGAUAUGAAUGGUGUACCACCUCCCAGCCCAGGCAUUUUCCCUCCAUCAGUAAGUGUGGUUAUAAAAGACAGGCCAGCAGACACCUUGGGCAUGCCGUCAUCCAGCAGUGGCGUUGCCUCAGAGAUAAGCAGUGAAAUAUCCACCUCUGAGAUGAGCAGCGAAGUGGGUUCAACAGCCUCCGAUGAGCCUCCCCAAGUCACAAUGAAUGAUGGAGGCCCCAUGUUCCAUGGUGAGCAGCGUUGUAUGCUGCACCCAGUAUGCUUGACCAACUCAUUCCAGCGACAACUCUCCAGUGCCACUUUCUCCAGUGCGUUUUCAGACAAUGGAUUGGACAGUGAAGACGAGGAGCCUAUUGAAGGCGUCUUUUCCAAUGGCAGCAGAGUGGAAGUUGAGGUUGACAUUCACUGUAUUCAGGUAAAGGAAAAGAUGUCAAUACAUUCAACUUCUGAUGUAUGCGACGAAGGAAUAGUUAUCAGUGCAAAUGAAGAUGAAAACUCUGAAAAGCUGCUCCUCCUUAAAGUUCAGAGUGAAAAUGACUGGCUAGGUAAUGACAAGAAUAAGUUUGAAUACUCCACGACAGGGACUAUUGGCCGGAGGCGAGGGAAUGGUUCUGUUGCACCUUCAGAGAAGAGCCACAACUUGAUCGAAGUGGCAGCUGAUGCACCGAUGAAAAAGAGUGGAGGCUACUUUGCUGCUCCUGCACAGCCCGACCCAGAUGAUCAAUUCAUAAUUCCCCCAGAAUUGGAGGAAGAAGUGAAGGAGAUAAUGAAGCAACACCAGGAACAACAACAACGCCAAUAUCAACUGGACCAGCUUCCAGAUUGCUAUGAUACACCUCUAUGACCAGGAGGAAAACAAUUAGUUUUAGUGAAUUUGAGCCUUAUUUGCUCUUUUAAAUUUACUUUUAAAUUGAGACUGUUCAGAUAUCAAGAGAUUUUUGUCCCACUUUCUAAACCCUCCCCUCUGCCAGUUACAUACACUGAUGUGCAGCCAUUUUUUAAAUCAUCUCUAGUUGGUUCUGUUGUUGUUGAUUAAUUAAGAUAUAAAUAACAGAUUAACAUCAGUUUUCCUAUAGCAUAUCAUUUGUACAAGAUGAGGACACACUUAGUAUAUUGCAGGCAGUCAUUAUUCUUAAACUGUUGAGUAUUUGUUUUAAAAACAGAAAAGCCUAAGUAUUAUGAAUGAAUGAUUGAUUCUAGUUAAUGCUAUAAAUGUGGUAUUUCUAAAAUCAUGGCUUUUUAAAGUGAAAGUCAUAGAAAUUUGUAGACUUUAAAGACUAACUCCUAGGAGUUGCAAACUCGUUAAUGUGACAUAGUCACUGAGAUUUUACUAAUCUUCUCUGAGAGAACAGCUGAUUCACAAAUUAUUUGUAAAUAGUUUAAAUGUUGUAUAGUGAUGCAUAAACAUAAUGUUCCGCCAUCAGAGUCCUGUACCUGGAAAAGAAUAAAGAAUAGGGGACUUUUUUAAAAAAUUUCUCCUCUAUGCAACUGUAAGAAGGUAUUGAGUGACUGGAUUUCAGUGUGAUUACUACCUGGCCAUGCUUUUUAUUUUAAGGAUCACUUUUUUUGUUCUUUGUCAGCUGGCCUGUUUUCACAGUUGAGUUUUUGCUCUUCCAUCUCUUCCGCUCACCAGCACUGUACCAAUGUCGUCGCAAAGAAAACAAAAUUAUAUACAGAGGAUUCGUGAACAGAUAUGUUAAUACACUUUUGUUUAAAAUAAAUCUACAAUUUAAAUAAA